AUUAACUUUUUUUUUUAAAAAACACACAAAUAAAUUAUGUCUAACGUUCCAACUGCAAAGCUUAAUAGCGGAUAUGAGAUCCCUUUGAUCGGUUACGGUACUUUUGGUGGCAAUGAUGCACCUGAGCAAGUCUACAAUGCUGCCAAAGCUGCUUUGGAUGCUGGUUACAGACAUUUUGAUACCGCCUAUAUCUACCAAACCGAAGAGGCUCUAGGAAAGGCUAUUAAAGAAAGCAAUGUUCCUCGCGAGGAGCUCUUCAUCACAACAAAGUUAUGGCAAUACUUCCAUGAACCCGAACACGUUCGCCCUGUAUUCGAGCGUUCUUUAAAACUUUUGCAAAUGGAUUAUGUAGAUAUGUACAUGAUCCAUUGGCCUAUUUCUUGGGCCUUCAAGAGCUACGAAUUCAGUGAAUUGAAGGCUACUAAAGACAUGGAACCCACCAAUGUUCCUAUUAUUGAUACAUGGCGUGAAAUGGAAAAGCUUGUAGAGGAUAAAAAGGCUCGUUCAAUUGGUGUUUCCAACUUUACUAUCCCCAUGUUGGAAGAUUUGUUGAGCAAAUGUUCUAUUCCUCCUGCCGUCAACCAAGUUGAGAUUAACAACGCUUUCCCCCAAGAGGAAUUACUUGCUUAUUGUAAGAGCAAGAACAUUCUUUUAACCGCAUAUUCUCCUCUUGGUAACCCUGGCUACAGAAAGAGCGUUCGCGCUACUUUGGAAGACCCUGUUAUUCUUGAUAUUGCCAAAAAAUACAACAAAACUCCAGGUCAAGUCGUGCUUAACUGGGGCGUCAACCGUGGUUAUGCUGUUAUUCCCAAAUCUACAACACCUUCUCGUAUUCAAGCAAAUCUUGUUUAUUUCAAAAUGGAUGAAAGCGAUGUUGAGGCUAUUACUGCUCUUGGCCGUGAGCAUCCCUUCCGUUCUUGUAACCCUGAAGAAAUGUGGGGACCCAAAAACAAGAUUUUCGAUUAAAAUGUCAACCUUACCAUCCAUGAGCAAAGUGCUUGAUAAAAUGCAGAAUAAACAUUUUAAAGCCUUCCGUAUUAAUAUAUAUAUAU